ACCAUGAAUUACGUUGGACAGUUGGCAGGGCAAGUGUUUGUCACUGUGAAGGAGCUCUAUAAGGGACUAAACCCAGCCACGCUCUCGGGCUGUAUAGACAUAAUCGUCGUGCGUCAGCCGGAUGGAAACCUUCAGUGUUCCCCUUUCCACGUGCGCUUUGGGAAGAUGGGAGUUCUGCGUUCCAGGGAGAAAGUGGUUGACAUAGAAAUCAAUGGAGAGUCUGUAGAUUUGCACAUGAAGCUAGGAGACAAUGGAGAGGCCUUUUUUGUACAGGAGAUGGAUAAUGAUCAAGAGGUAAUUCCUUAUCAUCUCUGCACAUCUCCUAUUCUGUCUGAGGGAACUGCUUUAAUGGAGGCUCAGCUGAAGAGGAACUCCAUAGACAGGAUAAGAAACCUGGACACCAGUGUAUCCUCACAAGUACCACCCCAAGGCCAUGGAUCCCAGCCUUCUACUGAAACAUCUCCAGUCUGUAGCUCUGUGAAAAAAAGGAGGAAAAAGAGGAGGAAGUCUGCCCAUAAAAUAGACAGUUUGAAAAGAGAAGACAUUGGAGACACAUCAGAAGAUGAAGACAUGUUUCCUAUAGAGAUCAGCUCAGAGGAAGAAAAAGAACCAUUGGACAAUUCAAGGAUCCCUGUUCCAGAUGUGUUUGUUGAUGAUAUAUCUGACAUAAAGCCUCCUGCAGUUUCUACAUUUUCUCAGUCUUCUUCUUACCCUCGUUCGGAUGGAGAAUGGUCACCUCUUCAAAGUAAGCCCAUAGGUUGCACAGGGCAAUCCUCUGUUCUCACUGUUCCAGCAGAUGGAUGUCUAUCUAACUCUUGUCCUCAACAAUCUUCUCACUUUUCUCCUCCAGACAGUCCAUCAGAUUCACGCCCUCCUACACCUAAGAGUGACUCAGAACUAGUCAGUAAACCUAUGGACAGAAGUGGACUGAAGAAUAAUCCCCAAAUGCACUGGGCAUGGGGAGAGCUACCUCAGGCUGCCAAGGCCAGUUCUCUGCUUAAAGCAAAGGAACCCAGUGUGGUGGAUGUAAAUCCUUCUGAAAGCACUCACUUUCGGGUCAUCCAGAGUUCGUCUGUAGAGGAGUUUAACACCGUGUCUCCUUUACCUGCCCUUGGACAAGCAGAUGCAGAAACUGCUGAUGAAAGUGAGCCCUUACCAGCUGAGACUAACAAGCCAGAGACAGAGUCUCCAGAAGCAGCAGUACCACCCUUGCGUGCCAAUGAAGAAAUAAAACAGGCUGCAGCUUGCUCAGCCCAACCAGCUGUCAAGACAGAUUCCCCUUCCAGAAAGAAAGAAAAACGAAGCCGGCAUCUUGGUGCUGAUGGUGUCUAUUUAGAUGACCUCACUGACAUGGAUCCAGAAGUUGCUGCACUUUAUUUCCCCAAGAAUGGGGAUAAUGUCCAAAGCAAGACCACGAAUGACGUGGGACCUCAGUCUGCCAGCCAGUCUCCACAGUCUGUUGGGAGCUCAGGUCUUGACAGUGGAGUUGAAAGCACCUCGGAUGGAAUUCGAGAUUUGCCCUCCAUUGCCAUUUCUCUCUGCGGAGGCCUUACUGACAACAAAGAAAUAACCAAAGAAGAAUUUUUAGAUCAUGCAGUAACGUAUCAGCAGUUUGUGGACAAUCCUGCUAUCAUUGAUGACCCUAACCUUGUGGUAAAGAUUGGAAAUAAGUACUACAACUGGACGACAGCUGGUCCCCUUCUGCUGGCAAUGCAGGCGUUCCAGAAACCUUUGCCAAAGGCCACUGUGGAAUCUAUAAUGAGAGACAAGAUGCCCAAAAAAGGUGGAAGGUGGUGGUUUUCAUGGCGUGGGAGAAACAGCACUAUUAAAGAGGAGACAAAGCCAGAGCAAGGUAUGAGUGGGAGUGGACUUACAGGAGAAGGCUCUUCACAGAUGAACAUGGCAAACAGAAUAAAAGAUGAGUCUUCUUCAAGCGACGAAGACCCUAGAGCUGCUAAACAAAACCUCGGGUCAUUACAAACCAACUCAAGUCAUCUCUCAUUAUUGUCUGGCAUCAGUUACAAAAAAACACUCCGACUCACUUCUGACCAGCUUAAAAGCUUAAAGCUCAAAAAUGGCCCCAAUGAUGUGACCUUUAGUGUUACAACGCAGUAUCAAGGCACUUGCCGCUGUGAAGGCACCAUUUACCUUUGGAAUUGGGAUGAUAAAGUUGUUAUUUCUGACAUUGAUGGAACAAUCACACGGUCAGAUACUUUAGGUCAUAUUUUACCGACUCUUGGCAAAGACUGGACACACCAAGGGAUUGCAAAGUUGUACCAUAAAGUGAGCCAAAAUGGGUAUAAAUUUUUGUACUGCUCAGCCCGUGCCAUUGGAAUGGCAGACAUGACCAGAGGGUACUUGCACUGGGUCAACGAACGAGGAACUGUGCUGCCUCAAGGGCCAGUGUUGCUGAGUCCAAGCAGCUUAUUCUCAGCUUUUCACAGGGAAGUGAUAGAAAAGAAGCCAGAAAAAUUUAAAGUUCAGUGUUUUACAGACAUCAAAAAUUUAUUUUAUCCUAACACAGAACCCUUCUAUGCUGCUUUUGGAAACAGACCUGCUGAUGUUUAUUCAUACAAACAGGUGGGAGUUUCUUUAAACAGGAUAUUUACAGUUAACCCCAAAGGAGAACUUAUACAAGAGCAUGCAAAGACAAAUAUCUCAUCCUACGUCAGACUAUGUGAAGUGGUAGAUCACAUUUUCCCUUUGUUGAAAAGAAGCCAUUCUUCAGACUUCCCUUGUUCUGAUACCUACAGUCAGUUCACCUUCUGGAGAGAACCUUUACCACCUUUUGAAACUCAGGAUGUACAUCCAGCCUCAUCUUAGCUGCAUCUCC